AGGGAGGAGGCAUUGGAGGAAGUAGGAGGACGGUUGAUUUCUUGGAAAGGAUGCUGCGCCCGGAGAUUCUGUCCAAUACUCCGGCUGCGCUGGGCAGAUGGGAAUUAAAAUUAAUUCGCGACGAUGUCUACUUUUAGAGGUCACGGGAACCAUUAGCUGUUCCUCACUCACCUGUCCCGAUGGCGAUGGUUUUCGAAGGGGAUUUUUGUGUUUUUUUCAGUUAUUUGGGAAAUUGUCCAGACACGUUCACCAGAUACGUAUUAACAGCAACCAAGGAAACACUUUGCACACUGCGAAACACUGCACCUUAGUUCUGCACACCGAAAGGCACUGGGAGAGGAAGACGAACCUAAACAGCUGGUUCCUAAAUAUCUGCAGAGUUCAUUUUGUUUUCUGUGGGUUUGAGAGUAGGCCUCUAGAAUGCUGCUGGAAGUGUCCUGUGGCGGGUGUUGGCAUGGCACCACCGUUUAAUAAUUCACUCGUGCCACUGCACAAGGGCUGUAGCUUAUUCUGCAACCGUUCUUAAAACGAGACGAAUCUUACACAACGUCCGAUAAGGGGGCAACCUCUGUAGUCCACCAGCAUCAUGCCACAGCUGGAGCGCUGCUCUUGAUGUGUUUUCAAGAACUGCAACAAAUUCUACUACGAUUGUGUGCGUGUUGGUAUGUGUGUAUUAGUCGUUGUGGCAUGAUUGUGUGUGUGGUCGGAAGUGUCAAAUGCUGAAGUUUGGGGAAAUAAAUAAACUUUCGGCGAAAAAAUAAAAAAUGACAGGAAGUAAGCGCGCAUGCAGGCCGUGGGUGUGAGGAUUUGUUAUCAAUCCUGACGCGCUGCGUUUCUCUCACUCUCCUGCAUGCCUGCUGCCUGCGCAUCUAUCUGCACGCGCUUUCUCUCCUUCUCUCUCGCUGUCGCUGUCGCUCUCGGUCUCAUCUGCGGAGGACGAAAUUAUUGAUUCUAGUCGAAAACCGUGUGCCGAACCAAACGGGGGACCGCUUGCAAUGCAACGCCCGCAUAGUUUUAAGCUAAUUCUAAUGAACCGCACGGUCUACUCGCUCCUGCUGCUGGCAUUCUCGCAGAUCGUCCACACCACCAGCGCCCAUCUGCGGGAGCUGUGCGAAAAGCGGGACAUCUUCUUCGAGCCGUACCGGUGCCAGCUGGUCGACCUGGACCUGCUGGACGACCCCGUCCUCUACCUGCUGUACGACGUCAACCCGAGCGAGGGGUUCAACCUGCGCCGGGACGUGUACAUCCGGCUGGCGGUGUUUGUCCAGUUUCUCCGGACGCAGCGCGGCUACCGGCGCACCCGGCUGGUGCUGCCGCCCUGGUCCAGCCUGGUGCACUGGCGCAGCGGCAACAUCGACCAGCAGCAGCUGCUGUGGGGCAACUUUUUCGACCUGCCCAGCAUGCGCCUGUACACGGACGUGCUCGAUAUGGACGAGUUUUUCGCCGAGUACGGGCGGCUGCACGGCCCCGGCGCGACCACCGUCGUGCUGGACGAGGUGUACAAGCUGAAGCACUUCGAGCAGAUGUUCGAGAACGGCGUGUUCGUGGACAAGUUCGAGGAGCACGUCUGCCCGAAAGGCCACGACGGCGCGCUGGCGUACUUCGGGUACGGCAACUUUACGGCGGACGCGUUCACCUGCCUGCACUUCCAGGGCAGCGCGAUGCUGCUGCACCGGCUGCUCGAGCGGUACCGGCCGGGGCGCCCGCACGCCACCCGCUACGUGCACGUGCUGAACGCGGAAAUCGUGCUGCACGAUCUGUGGGGCAACGUGGACUACUGGGAGGCACGGCGCUCGAUGCGGUUCGCGCCGCCGCUGGUCGACGUGGCGACCCGGUUCCGUGCCGAGUACCUCAACUCGUCGGACCGAGCUGAUCGGACGGUGCGCCCCGCCCGCUGGACGGACGAGCGAAGCCGGCCGCGGAAGGCGCGCGGCGGCGAGUACCUGUGCGCGCACCUCCGCCGGGCCGACUUCCUGUACGGGCGAGACAAAACGACGCCCACGGUCCAGUCGGCCGCACUGCAGAUCCGGGCGAAGCUGCUCGAGCUCGGCCUGAAGACGGUCUUCGUCGCGUCCGACUGCACGCGGAUGGAGUUUUACAACCUCAAGAACUACCUGAAGCGCUUCCGGGUGGUGCGGUUCGUGCCGGAAAGCUACGAGCAGCGGGCCGAGCUGAAGGACGGCGGCGUCGCGAUCGUCGACCAGAUCGUGUGCUCCCACGCCCGCUAUUUCAUCGGCACGUACGAGUCGACGUUCACCUACCGGAUCUACGAGGAGCGGGAAAUCAUCGGCUUCCCGAAGGAUCUGACCUUCAACACGUUCUGCAAGAGCGAGAAGGACAUGAACUGCGAGAAGAACACGGUCUGGCCGAUCGUGUACCAUUAAGGCGGGGGAAGGGGUCGCUACUAGUCUGGGCUCGAAUAAAGCGAUGAGCGAGGUGAUUUGUAACAACA